AUGUCUAAACCACUAUCAAAGAUAACAACUUCCUAUAAUGGUGAUAUUAUUCAUUUAGGUGAACAAUCAUUUCAUAGAGAAGAGUUGAUGAACGCAUUUGGGGGGUUUCUAAAUCCUGGUAUUUCUCAUAAAUCUCAAAACAGGAUUGCCAACCCUGUCCCAUUAGGAUUGGCAACUUUCUCGUUCUGUGUUUUAUUUAUUUCUUUAGUGAAUGCUCAAGUGAGAGGUGUUACAAAUGUUAAUAUUGUCAUUGGUGCAUCGUUUUUCUUUGGUGGUGUUAUUGAGUUAAUUGCCGGUGUUAUUGCUUUGUUUUUGGAAAACACCUUUGCUGGUGUUGUUUUGGCCGGCUACGCAGGCUUUUGGUUAAGUUAUGCUCCAAUUCUCACAGAUUCGUUUGGAAUCAGAUCAAGCUACGAAACAGAGGAAGAAUUUAAUAACGCAAUGGGCUUUUUUUUGACUGGAUGGAUGAUUUUCUCUUUUCUUUUGUUAUUAUGCACUUUAAAAGCUGAUUGGGGUUUCUUUUUGUUGUUUGUCUUUAUCAACCUCUUUGUUUUAAUGUUGACAAUUGGUACCUUUACAGGAAAUGUUAAUGUCACUAAAGCUGGUGGAUAUUUGGGAAUAAUUGCUUCUUGCAUUGGGUGGUAUAACAUGUAUUCUGGUAUUGCAAAUGAUCAAAAUACUUACUUUCACUUUAAACCAAUUCCAAUGCCCCAUGCUCCAACUAUUUAG